GGGCCGGGCCCAAGGUCACGCCGUGAGCGGCCGCGGGGACCAGCCGGGUCUCCUCCGAGCGGGAGGGGCGGCUCCGGGCGGCUGCGGUGGCACCUGUUCCUGCGUGGGGCAGGACGCCGUGUCCCUGUCCUCGGUGCUCUCGAGCCGCCCCGGCUUCUCCUGGCUCGCUCCGGGAGCCCGAGCCGUGGAGACCCGUGCGGCCCCGUCCGCAGCCCGGCGGCCGCAAGCGCCCCGCCGGUAAAACGCACCGCGUCCUGGAAACCAGCGAGGGCUCCGCGGUCUGGAAGCGAUAGAUAUAUUUUCAAAGAAAAGUUCUAAUGACCUCUCUCUGAACUCGAUGUUUGGCAGCGUUAAACUCAUCGCGCAGUCGGCAUGGGGCUGAACCUGCCCGCGAGUGGGCCUGGAACGGAGCUCUGGCGCUGGUGGGAGCAAAGCUUAGGAUUGAAGCCUCCUGAAUUGCACCUUUGCACAACACAGAGCAGUGUGGUGAAUGCCACCUUCAAAUCCAUAUCUGUUGGUAGAAGUGCUUUUCAUUGUGUGUGGUUUUGAGGAAGACAGAUUGACUAUGAAAAUGCAAACCGCAGUAAUUGUUAUCUUGUGAGAAUCAGACUUAUCCAGCAAUCUGGAGGGCAGAUGGUCUGUUUUAUUUUUCAGUGUUGUUGACCAGCCUUGAGACCCUGUUUUAAGUGCCUCCCAUGCUUCUCUUUCCCAGAAUGUAUUUCCCCAGCCUUUAAGACACAAACUAGGGAAGUAUCUUUCAACCUAUAUGCAAGUUCCAUGUUGGUUACAGCAAAUAAGGUAGCAUAUAAGUAAUAACAACUUCCUAAUUUAAGUGAGGUGUAUUUGUGUCAGCUGGAAACUCUGCAGUCUCUGAGGUAGUGGCCUAUUAAUCUGUUCCAGAAAGUGAUAAGCUAAACAAUUGCAUAGGAAAAUUUUAUGUCACCUAAUUUAUCCCUUUGCUUGACAAGAGAAGAUUAUAGCAAAUACCCUCAUGUUUCUCUAAAUGUAGUAAGCAAUUUGGGUGGGCGGUCAGGUUUUAAAAUGCAGCAUAUGGAUGCUGUUUAAAAAAAGGCUGCGUUUUGCCUUGAAGCUUCAUUUUUAGGUUGUGAAGCAUAAUGUGCUGUAAACGGCCAGUAUUUAUGAAUGAAUGUUCUGAUUUUUUUCAUAGUUCCCCCUCUUCUGCCAGGAUGCUUUAUUGGUAGCAAACUUGGAGAUGAUGUUUUUGAAGAAUUUGCUGCUAUUGCAAUUUCCUUUCAUAGAUGAAAAGAUGAAAGUAGGUUGCAAGAGUUGUGUGUGCUGAGACUGAUGCACUGAGACAUGCUUCAAGUGAAGAAGCACAAGCUGCUGCUACUUUAUCCCUUGAAGCAGAAAAAGUGACAGUCUUGUCUGCUAGAUUUCAGAAGUGGUUGAAACUACUUGAAAUGGGACUCUUCAGGCUAGUGUAGGCUGUGGGCCCUUUGCUGUGCUGCCUCUGCCUCAGGAGCACCAGGCUGUAGCUUUGCUGGCCAGGUCUUUUUGUGUGUCUGCAUCUUGUCUUCUGCUGCUGGCCAGCUGCAGUUCCUGACAGGUGGUAUCCAAAAUUCAACGUGUUACAGAUCCAGGUUUGAAUUAUUUUACAUGGGAACUGCCUAGCUUCACUGAAAAUAAGGAAUCUGCUACAUGCAUGAUGUUCCUGUUCAUUUAACAUACUUUUGUCCCAUACUCACCUUUUUUCCAGCUUUUAUUGACCCUUGUCAAAGGCUGCUUGUACACCUACCCAUUUGUCAGCUUUGUGCAAACUGUACCUGUCUGUCAUUUUGGCAUGUUCAAGGCAGUAUUGUGAAACUUAGCUCACCCAAGUCAGACUUCUUGCAUUUGGUAAUAAGUCAAGGUGUGGAUGUUUGUUUUGUGGUGUUUUUUUUUCUGUCCCUGCUGUUUACCUUUGGCAUAUUGUUUGUGAGUUACAGCUGAUAAGUUCUUAUGGUAAUUCACAGAGUUAAUUAGCCAAGCAGUGCCUGACUGCAUCUUCAUUGCUUUUGGAGACUUUCGUGUCCCUGUAUGCAAACCCAGGCAAUGUUUUGCCAAGGACUGGGUUUAGCAUUCAUAAAAGAAAGAUCCAGGGAAAUGUACCAACUUCAGGCUAUUAAGAUACUGUGUUGAAAGAAGCAGACUGGAAUGUCAUUUUAGGUUUAAUCUUGCUUCUUGAAGAGCUUAGCUUGUGUUAAAUAGAGCAGUACAGAUAAGGAUCUUGGUUUGAUACCCAUUUCUUGCUUUUAGUGGGGUAGAAGAAUGCUUUUUUCUUCCCUCUCUGCUCAGCUGACUGGGGAAGCAAAAGGGACCUGAGUGUGUGUUUGGAGACAGAGCCACAUGAUUUGCAAGUGUUUUACCUUGAGUUCACCUUUCCUGUGUUUUUUGUGGCUUGUGAUAUAUGUUGUGAUGUAUGGAAGAUCAAAUCUGUUUUCUGAAUAAGCAAAUACAUUCUUAAACAAGCAUGCUGUGUCACUUGAUUACCUCAAUAAUAGUCCAAUGAGGACACAGAACUGAAUCACCACCAUCAGAGCACCCGGUAAUAAAUUUUAUUUAAGAUAAUUGAGUUGAGGUUUAGGAGCUGACACUCGCUGUGUAUCUGUAAAUCUUGUAUUAAGAAGACUUAAGAUGGAGAAUUUGUUUUCUGAGAUCACAAGAAAUCGUUUUUAUCCUGUGUGAGAUCUGAGGAUUUCCCUCUUUAGCAACAAUUUUUUCUAUUGAAAGUGAGUUGGUGGAGAAAUGAUGUAUAAUCAAAAUAAAAUAAUGUUGCUUUAUGUCUAAACAAGUGUGAAUCCUUGAUGGGCUGUGUUUAUUUCUAGGAAGUUGCCAAAGCUGCUAUUCAGCAUGGUAGAAAAACCUGACAAAAAGCAAAAUAUGGUAUGGCCCAUUGAAACUGAACAGUUGAGUCUCUUCUGCUUUGUUUGCUGGUACAAAUGCUCGUGUUUGUCACUGUUGUUUUAAAGGCUUACUUUUCUUGUACAGAGUUGUCAUCUAAUCAGACUGGCCUCUGUGUAUCAAAUCUUCCUCCUGUUGAUGAUACUGCCUUGCACAGGACAAUGAAAAAUGGGACAUGUGGAAAGAUGAAAUUGGAUUAAUACCCUGCCCUGAAGCCAGAUAUAACCGGAGCCCUAUUGUCCUGGUAGAAAACAAGCUUGGUGUGGAGAGCUGGUGUGUGAAGUUUCUUUUGCCAUAUGUCCACAAUAAACUUCUCCUCUACAGACAGAGAAAACAGUGGCUGAACAAGGAUGAGCUGAUAGAUAUCACGUGUACCCUGCUACUGCUGAACCCAGACUUCACCACUGCUUGGAAUGUGAGGAAAGAAUUAAUACUGUCUGGCACUUUAAAUCCACUUAAAGAUUUGCAUCUUGGAAAACUGGCGUUAACCAAGUUUCCAAAGAGUCCAGAAACAUGGAUUCAUAGACGAUGGGUGCUGCAACAACUAAUUCAGGAAAACUCCUUGCCCAGUCUUGCAACUAAAGGAAACUUGGGAGCAGCACCUGUGGAGAGGAUUCACCGACUAGUGCAGGAGGAAAUGAAUGUCUGCUCUGAAGCUGCUGGGAGAUAUCCAAGCAACUACAAUGCCUGGUCCCAUCGCAUCUGGGUUUUACAGCAUUUGGCAAAGCUCACUGUCAAGGUUCUCCUUGAUGAACUUUCAUCCACUAAAUAUUGGGUAUCCAUGCACGUCUCAGACCAUAGUGGAUUUCAUUACCGCCAGUUUUUACUCAGUUCCUUGAUACGCAGAACGGUGACUGACAAAAACAUUCUGGUACAAAAUCAGGUGGUAAAUGAACAAAACCCUAGCGUUCAGAAGGAGGAAGAGAGUGAAGGGACAGAAGCUGCCUGUGCAGAGGAGCAAAGUGUGGAUCUCCCCCGCCGUUUAGACGAAGAGAUGGAACUGUGCAGUGAACUGAUUGAUAAUUACCCAGGGCAUGAAACAUUGUGGUGUCAUCGAAGGUGUGUGUUCUACCUUCAGCAGCACUUAAGCAAGAAACUUCCUCUCGUGAGUGGAGCGGUAUCAUCUGUGGACAGCAGUGAUGAAAGUCUGAAUAAUUCCCACCACAGUCCUGCAACAAGUCACAUGGCACAAGCUAUGGAUGUUGAUAGUUUGAAUGAACCCAGCAGCAAACAAGGUUAUACCCAAGAAACAAAACGCCUGAAGCGUGCUCCUGUGCAGGACUCUCUUGGUCCAGAAAUGGAAUUCCGGUUUGUUGAUAAAGUAUUAUCAACUUGUAGGGAUGUGGACCAGGCCAGGUUUGCUACUGCCUAUAGAAAAUGGUUAGUUACUUUUUUAGGUCAGUGAAGGAAAUGUCAAAAGCUUUCAGGGUUCUUCUCUUAGUGCAAUAUUCUCUUUUCAGACACAAAUGCAUGUCUUGGUUGCAAGUGUUAGCUAACUCUGUGUUUCUCUCUCUUUUAAUCGUCAGUCAUAAAGCUAAAUUUCAGAGUAGGCAUCUGUCACUUUAAUAAAGAACUGGCAUAUGUUUUUAGUAAGCAAAUGCAGUUUGUUACUUAAUCUCUCAAAGAAAUCACUCUUACCAGCUUCCUACCGUGACAUUUUCUUUUUUUUUUAAACUUCUGCAUUAAGGUGGACUCUGACUCAUUUGGCUCUAAAAAAAAAAGAGGUAAAAGAAAAAAAAAAUUGAAAUGCUUGUGAAACAGAGUGUCUAGGAAAAUGGGAGAAUCUGUCAGUAUCAGCUAAACCUGUUCCCAGUUUGUUCCUGUAUGGCUAAUACCUUACGGGAUCCAGACUAUAUUUGAUGAGUGCUAUUAUUUUUGUGUAGCAGUCUUUGGUAGAAGACCAGAAUACAGUGUUUCUUUCUGAAGGCUUCAGUAACAGCUUUGGAGCUGUGAUGCCUUUUACUGUUUUAACUCGGUUUUUGUUUGCUUAUAAAUUGUCAUGUUAUCUUGAUAGGAAGGUCUGUAAGGUUGAAAUCUUGAUAAGAAGAUACAGGAAAAUGUGGCAGAAAAUAGUUCAAACACAUGUUCACCUACAGCCAUAGCUGUAUUUGGCUGUAUUUGUGAAUCGUUUUCUUAAAACAGACUACCUUCAUUUCUUGCUUGGUGUUUAUUUAUUUAUUUUAUCUCAGCAAUCCAGAUCUAAUCAUAUUUGAUACACAUUUCUGAAUGUCUUUUUUACACUACAGAUUCUCACCCUGCCAAAUCACACAUUGAUAACUUGUGCUUAAUCAAGACCCUACAAGUCCAAUAUUGGAUGGAGUAAAAAGUAGCUCUUCCAGCUGAUGAUUGAGACUAUACAGUUAUAAAAACCAGUGACAGCAAGGAGGGAACUAACCCUUCCUUUCUGUUUUUUGAAGAUCUUCAGUCUUUGUUGGCUUGGUUUUCUAUUUUUACUCUUGAAGAAGAGCUCUACUCCAACCAUACAUCUCUGUUUACAUGACUGUAAAUUUUAAGGGAAUUUGAAAUCAAUUAUGAAUGGGGUAUUUUGUCAUUUCCUUAGAAUUUGUCUGUAAAAGGGAUUUUUUACACUAGUAGAAUUGUGUUGGUACACGGACCCAGGGAAAAUAUUCUACAACUGUAGAAGUCCAUACAAUGGCAACAUUGCCUCUUUUAAAAGCAGACUAUUCUCUGGGGGGAUUAGAUUUUCAAGUUAGUGUCCUUGCCAUAAUUGCUUUAUUUGUCUUCUGCCCCAUAUGCCUCUUGACCAUAAGUUUCAAGAUGCUGUUUUUGUUGGGCAGAGAGAGAAACAAUAAGGGAGGAAAAAGCACAGGUAGCCUGCUCAAAAGAUGUCACUUUGAAUCAAAAAAGCACUCAAAAUGUGAAGUUCCUGCACUUCUGUAUAGUUUGAUGAAUGGAGUUUACUCUUGCAUUUCAAAAUUAAAACAGACCACCUCCAGUCUUUGAGAGUAUGUUCAUGAUUCAUUUCAGGCACAAAAGUAGCUAAAAAUGACAUUUCUAAAUGUACACUGUACUGUUUACAGUACAUAAAUAAGACUGAUCCAGGCUUGAGCAUCUCCAUGUCAAAGCUUUGUUUCAGAGGACAUCCACACCUGCCUCUCCAUAGGUAUGCAUGUAUUACAUGCAUACGUUAGCUUUGAGGUGCUAUGGAAUGCUGCGAUGGUUUGGUUGAUGGUUUUAGUUGCAGAAAACAUAAUUGUUGUCUGAAGGAGUUGUGGGAUUGGCUUGGGAGCCCAGUUUUGUCAUAAGGUGUUGCCUCAAUGAUCACUGACAAAUGGGUAGGUUCAAGUACAAACAGGAGUCUGAACUUAAGUUCUUAACUUGAGCAAGAGCUUUUACACAUCCCAGGAGACCUGAUAUUUAGUGAAGGUGGAUGAUAUGUUAAAUUAUGUGUAGUAGCCUGGGUCAGCUUGAUUAACAGUAUCCCAUUAAUGACUCAUAUGAACCUGGAAAGUGUGAAGUCAAGGGGGCAGUGUAUUAAAAUCAGGUUCUUGGUCUUAGAUUACUUCGUAAUGUAUUUGUGUGUUCUGUUUACCUUGGCAACAUUUACAAGUUUAUGAGAAAAAUAGUAGUGAUAGUAGCAAUCUCAGAAGUGGGAGCAUGAUAAGAAACAUUUCUUGAACUGUAGAAGGGUAGAGAUUAUCUCUUCUUGCACUGGAAAGACUGUGGCUUUCAGAAGAAAAUACUAAUAUUAGAAUCUGACUUGAAACUCAUUAUAUAGUUCUUCCAGACUAUAAUCUGGACUCUUGCCAUUCUCCGAGCUGUACUGUGGAAAUUCUGUUCUUUUGAACUUGACAUCAUAAACAUUUAAGCAGGUGCCCUCAUAUACAUGCGUAUAGUUCCUAUUCAUGUCAGCACAAGUGAUGUAUUCUUGUAGGAUGACAAGAUUUGGUCCUAUGUAACUGAAGAGAGUUGUAUUGAAUUUUAGUACUUGAAAAUGUUCUGAGAACUCUGAUUAGAGAUGAUGCUGAUAUUCUUACUGCUUUUGUAAAACACUGAUGGCUGUAGUUAACUCAUGAGUGUGGGUUUUUAAAGUCUGCACUUCAAGGAAAUAUUCCCCUGCACUCUAUUUUUUAAAUCCAGUUAGAAUAGUUCCAUUUAGAAAUGUUUGCAGACCUGAAAACUAAAUAGUGAAAUUGAAACAAGUCAUACCUUUCUGUUUGAAGGAAAUGCAAAAAGCAAGUUGUUAAAUUUGAGCUUUAAUUUUUAACAGUAACAUAUAAAUUAUAAUAAUAACAUAAUUUAACAGUAAAAUAUAAAUUAUAUUAAGGAAAAUCAUAUCAAAAUUGCUUCGAACUGUCAAUGUCCUGAACCCUCAUGCAUGAAACUAUAGAAGAGGUACUUCUAACGUACUGUAUUAAGCUCAAAACUGAUGUGAUGUUCUGGAACUAUGAUCUUUACAGCAUACCUGUCAACCACUUGCUGUUACUGCAGAGUCCCGUUUGGGAACUGCUUGAAAAAUAGAAAGUGGCUUUAGGCCAUUGGUAGUUAAUGUAUUGAGCACGGCUACUUUACAUAAGGCAUUUCAGCUGUUUUGUGUUUCAGACAUCAGAGACUAAUAAUUUAGUCAGUGAGCAUUCCUGCAGAGAAAAUGUCCAGCAGAAGCUGCAGAAUUCAAAGCUCUCACUGUCUGAAGUUUCUUCAAAUAUAAAAUCAAACUUUGUACAUCUUUGUACAUCUUAAUGUAAAGUUCAGCAUCUUUCCUAAUUUUGUCUUCUGCUGUAGUAUAUGUCAUUUGAAUUUAUUCUUUUUGUUCACUGGAUUAGUCUUUGUGGAAAUUUGUUUGUACUGGAAACAAAGGGUUUCGAGGAACAAAUGUAAUUUGAAACUACAGAAUUUGGAAUAGAAGGAACCACAUUUUAAAGUGGUAAAUUCUCAGCUGCUAAAUACAGUAACUGUUAUUUCACUGGCAUUUUGUUUGUCUUGUGUGUUACAGUCACUGGAGAAACAUGCAGCAUUAAAGACAGCUACAAUAAUGAACUUGUAUGAAGUCAUUGGAAUGCAUUGUUACAGCUGCUCUGAUUAAUAUUCUUAAUGUACUCAUGUCUGCAUAUUUGUGUUUUAUUGACUCCUUACAUAUUCUUUAUACAACAAAAUCCAUGUGUCAUUUAAAUAGGGGAUAAAGCAACUUGUCAGUUUAUGCUAUUUGAUUAAUUACCUUGUAUGUAAUAUGCUUUAAGACAAAUAAGCAAAGUGAUAAUAUAGUGAGAAACCUUAGAUUUUUGUCUUAAAAUGAAAAUUUCUGGCAUUUCUAGUUUUAUUCUAGUGCUGCUUAAUUAGAAUGUGUAGCUAGACUUUAUGGAUGGGAAUGAUUUUUUUCCUAAGUAGAUAGUUAAUUAAUUUUUAAAACAGUACUGUAUAAUAUUGAUGAACAGAAAGAAAGGGUUUUGGAAAGGUUUGUCUGCAUAACCAGACUCAAAAAGCAUACUUUUUUCAAGAACAUAUAAUACACUGAGUAAAAUGUGAGUAACAGAGAAUAAUUUAGGUUAUGAGUCUUUAGAGAUUUGAUGAUUAAAUUUUUGGACAAGUUGUUGUUUGCUUAGUUUUGUUUUGCGUUCUGUAAGGGAAGAGUGUUUUUUGUUUUGUUUUGUUUUUUUUUUUUUUUUUAAAUCUAGUAGGAGGUGAACCAUUGCACUUAAAAUAUGGGGAUGGGGAGAAAAACUCAUAACUGCUGAAUUGUAUCUCAUAGAGCAAUUUUGGAAAAAGCAAUGAACUGACACUGAAACGUAAAUGUCACUUCAAAUGCAUCUUUGCACUCAUUGGGUGAUAAGAGAUAUGUGUAAUUAGAUCUUACUGUUUUAUUAGUGUCAGAUACAAAAAAUAGGUUGUAACUCACCAAUUCUCAAAUGCACUUCACAUUCAAGUUAGUUUCGAAGGAUGUUCAGUGUCCCUGUCUAUGAGACCUUUCCUUGUGUACUCAGAGGUAUGUUUCUUUUCAGCCUCUUCUCUGUUCUUCCAGCCAGCAAAGAAGAAUGUAGCAAAGCAUUGGUAAGGCGGCCUAAUUUUGUGUUUGAGUAACUCUGACUACCUCCCAAAAAGUACUUUGACUGAUGACCAUUAGUGGAGUUCAUCAGGCUCAGUUAUUUCAGAACCUCAUGCUAGGCCUAUAUCCUCUUUCAGAUGUGAAAAGCAAGAGCUUUGUCAAUGAAUCUGUCAAGUUUUCCAGGGACAGUUUGAAGGAGAACAGAAAAAAAUACUGUAGUUAAAGUUGGAAAAACUAGAAUUAGCAUAAAUUUUCAUUUGUCUUUUCCUCUGAAGAAGCACCUCUGUUGCUGAAAAAUGGAGGAAAUAUGCUUCCAGGGAAUUCCAUAUAUUAUGCUUUUGAACUGCAGAUCUGACACUUCCUAGUGGCUUUUGCUUAGUGUGUAAUGUUACUUCUCAGGGCAUAGUCUAUUAUAGUGAAUUAGGAUGCUUUUUUACAGUUUUAUAAUUAUUGAUUAAAAAGGAAAAAGAGCUAAACAUGUAACUGGCUUUUAAUUACUAUUUUUUUUUUGUCUAGCAUAGUAUUUUAUAAUCUACCCACAUGCCAACACUGUACCUAGUAAUGUACAGUAGACCUUACCAUCUCAUCUGCUUCAUACUGUUAUUCUGUUGAAUUUCUGUUGCAGUCUUGCAAGAAGCUCCUGACAGUGUUGGAUUUAUUCUCUGAGUUUCCUAGUAGUAUUCAGUAAAGUAGUUAGUAUCUCAAAGUAUGUGGUAAUGAUGGGGAAGCUUUUUACAGCAUCUGUGUUGAUGCACCAUAGGUCUUAGAUUCAGUAUUUGAAAACCUUUUGUUAGGAUUCUAAAUCUAUUUUGAUAGCUGUCAAACUCUUAUGUGCAACAGAGUUAUUCUGGAAAACAGAAUUCUUAAGUGAAGUCUGCUUUGUUAAAUAUCUUUAUCUACACCAUCUGGAACCUGCUGUACAUCCUACUGUAUAGACAGAUGUGGGGAGAACCCACAGUGAGGUGCAUGUUUUCUUCAUGAGACAUUUUCUGAAUGGAAUAUAAUUAUGGUUAAACAAAGAGCUUUUCUUGGAUGAGGUACACCUGUCUGUUCAUUGUGAAUAAAGUUAUUAAAUUGGUACAUCAUUAAUAUGGUAAGAUUUGCUGAAUGGCUGCAUGUAAUGAGUAGGUAAAAGGAAUGUGUUUUUUAAAUCUGCUGUUAAAAAUCACAUAAAUGAUAAGAGGUACUAGAAUUUGUUUUUAGAAAGCAAAAUGUACCUACUGUGUUCAUUCCGUUUUGUAUCAGUUUUUCUUUUUUGAAGUAGCUACAUUUAAAACUGAAAUACUUCAGUACUUGGAAACACACUUCAUAUAAUUUCAUUACUUUCAUGUAAUCAAAAUAAUAGAUGUCUUAAAUGUUUUGAAGUAGCAUUAAGAUCCAAGGUGGUGACAGCACUACACUGUUUAAGUGAGCCAAUAAACUCUAAUUUUGUAACAUCAUUUUGUUCAUCAAAGUACUAUUCUAUGUAGGGAAAUGUUUAUUUUAUCAAGAUUUCUGCAAAAAUAUUUAAUUCUCAUAGCUUUCUAAUUAGGGGGAUAUACAACUAGUUUUGAACAUAAUAUUUUGCAGUAUUUUUUCUAUGAAAAUUUCUCAGAUGCACAGCUAUGACCAUUGUAAAUUUUAUGUAGAUUUUCAAGAUGAAUUAGAUAAAUCAUAAAUUUUGUAGCAGAAAGAGUAAAAUUAUGACAGGACAGUAAGACACUGAAAAGUAAUCUGCUAAAUGACCAGUGUUCUACAGGACAGUGAAUGUAAAGCAUUAAGUUUGUUUUUCACUGGUCUUACUUUGUCAUAGGAUGAAUUCCUGUCAGAUGGGGAUUAUUGUCUUUUUUUUUUUUUUCUUUUUGGGUAAUCAGUAGAGAAUUUAUCUGUGAAUAAAUUAUCUAUAUUUAUUCUCCCACAAUAAGUGUGCAUGUAUGUGUGAAUGGAUGGAUGGCGGAACUGUAUUUAUGUCCUGUGAACACUGCAAAAAUCAACCACAUUUGGCUACCUGCUGACAGACCCCUCCAUGGAUUACCUGUCCUGAGUCUGAGUUUAGCAGGGUCAGUGCCAGGUUGUCUGCUGAAAGCAGUGAGAUCUAUUGCUUCCCCUCUCUGUCUUAAUCUGCCUGAUUAUCGUUGUACUGGGCAAAUGCCUGCACACACCAACCAAAUCAUUAGUGGUUAUGUUAUUCCAAGUGCUUGUAGAGAGUAUUUUGAGACUGUGAAAGAGUUUGUCAGGUCUUGCAAGUUGGGAAAAUUGGGGGUGCUCAGUAAAUACCCAGGGGAUACUUUUCACCAGUUCUCAAGAAAGGAAACGCACAGGCAUGUUUUGCAUGAGUGCUUUAACAUCAUAGGAGACUAGGGAAAAGUAUAACUAGUGACUUAAAUUGGUGUUUAAAAACAAACAAGUAGUAUUUUUGGUACUUUGUUUUCAGUAUUUUUCUCACGUUAUUUUGUUAAAAUAAAUCACAUAAAAUAUUCUCAGAAUUGCUCUUAAUUUUGAGUGUCUUCUGGUUUUGAAUGAUUUGAUUUGAGAGCUUUCCUUAAAUGAAGCAGUUUUACUGGAAAAUGCUAGCACCUUUCCUGUUUCCUCUUAGACAAUGUGAUUCAUUCCAAGUGUCCUGAAAUGAGCACCUGAAAUCACAGGGCAUUACUGAAAGUAUUGUUUAUCAUCCUAAAUGCAAAGCUUAAAAAAGCUUCUCUCAUAUACUUAGUUUUCUUUUUUUUUUUUUCUUGUUUUUUUCUUACUAGCUGCUAGAUAGAAAGAGUAAGUAUGAGUAAUCUUGGUGUACUUAAUUUGGGUGUUCAUUAGUUCAGAAGGGAGUAAGUAAUAAACACACCAGAGUUCUUGUAUAGAUGUACUUUACAGGAUCUAGUUAUUUGUUUUUGAUCUGAAUGCUUUAUUUUUACAUCAAUUGAAAUGAGUUUUGAAAUUCCCAUCAACUUCAUUGACUUCAGAUCAGGCCAUGCUGUGGAGAGAGUACCAGCCUCUACCUGAUAGCCAUGGCAUAUUUAGUGUGAUGAAUUGUAAGGGACUUGUUUGUCUUUCACAAAUAGUUGUAUUUAUGGCUUCAAUUAAAAAAACAGUUUGUGUAGUAUAUACUCAUUAGCACUGUGGAAAAGGAACCCUUAUGGUUAUGGAAUGUUAGUGGUUUAACAGGGCAGCUAGAGAAAUACUAGGGUACUACAGGGUAUCAGUAGCUAAGGAAGCUUCCUUUUCCCCUCUGUUUUUUUUCCUCCCCUCUAUUCUCUCCUUUCCUUCUCUCUCCCAGUUUCCUCCACCUCCUGCCCCAGCUCAAAACUCCCCAUUCUCUUCCCUGCCUCCAUGAUUUUUCAUCUUUGCUAGUGGCAAAAAGUUUCAUACAAUAUGCCUGUGUGCAAACCAGGAGAACAGUUUAGUUUUGGAAGUAUUGCUUAUCAAUAGCAAAUAGAUACCAGUGCUUGAGGUUUGUGCAAGAUAUUUAGGGGGAUGACUGGUGAGCUUUUAAGUGCUACGUGAUAACUGAUGCAAUGUUGAACAGGAAUGUCUUAAUGAACAGUGGAUGGCCUGAGUCUUGCUGUUCUCCAGGUGUGCUGUCUGCAUUUAUGGUCAACAAUAAAUUGCACAUUUGUCACCCUUCCAUCUCCACAAAUGCUUAUCACUAGCUAAUAGCUAAUCUGAUUUGUAAAAUGCAUCUACAUAAUGUUGAUUUGAGAUGUUCUACAAUUAUUUGUUGUUAUCUAGUACUAGGUAACUUCCACCAUGACUUUAGUCCUCCUUCAGUGGAGCCUGGCCAAGUAUAGAUUUUCAUUGUUAUAAAUGGUUUUCCUGUGAAGGGUAUUUGAAAAUCCACCAUAUAAAACAUGCAUUUUCCUGAUGUCUAGUUAGAAACAUAGAAGGGCAUCUUAGCACUAUUUUCCAGUUGUGCACACUGAGUUUUACCUUGUUUAUCUCAAGUAUUUUGUAUUGCAUGUUAUUUAAAUUUUUGCAUAUCCUAGUAGUACAAAAUGACUUACAAAAUAAAAAAGAGCACCCUUACAGUUCUACCUAUUCUAUGCAGAUGGCUUCCAAAAUUUACAGGUACAAUUUUGGUGGUGGUGGUUGGUAAACAGAUUUUUUUCACUUAUUUAUCAGCAGACUUCUUUUUAUAUGUGUUAGUAAUGAAAUGGACUAAGCACCGCUGUAAUCUAUUAUAUUUCUGUAGAAAAUGGAAAAUAGUGUAAUAUUGUUUUUGUUAAAUGUUGGCAGUUUAUAAAUAAACUUUUC